CUGCGAUGCAAAGAUGUUUCUGUUGUAUUUUUGUCAAGAACUUAUUGGUAUUAUAUUCAAAGAUAACCUUUCAAUUUACCUAGCCGUGAAGAAUGAUUUUACAUGUCCUAAAAAUUCAAUAAUGUGUACCAAAAGCCGUAUGUGCAUACACAUUUCAAACUUAUGCGAUGGCUUUAUACAUUGUCCACAUGGAGAUGAUGAAGAAAAUUGCGAACUGCCAAUUCUUUAUUUCAAAUGCAAUGCAACUCAUCAAAUAUCUUAUAAACGCAUUUGCAACAAUAUCAAUGAUUGCGAUAAUCGUAUUGAUGAAAUUAAUUGCGAGUUUGACACUUGUGCAAAGAAUGAAUUCAGGUGCGCAAGUGGUAAUUGCAUUACAAACGAUUAUCAGUGCGAUAAUUUUAGAGAUUGUUCAGAUGGUUCAGAUGAGAAUUGUGUUGUCUCUCCUGGAGAAUGUUUAGCUCCUAAAGAACAAUUUCAAUGUGAUGAUAAGUGUAUAUUUUUACAUAAUAUGUGUGACAGCGUAGAGCACUGCAAUGACGGCACUGAUGAAAAUCAAUUGCUCUGUCUUAAGAAAAGAGGAUUAGGAUUUGUACAGUUACAAAUUGAUGCAUAUACUUGUCAUGUAACUUAUGAUAAAUAUAAUCAGCUCUAUACAAAAGUCCAGUUUCCAUAUUACAAACUUAAGAAUUGUCAAGAACAACAAUGUGCCAAGGGACAAUAUCAAUGCGAAGAGAAUCGUUAUUGUAUUGACAUAUCAGAGGUUUGCGACAAUAUAAGUCAUUGUUAUUAUCAUGAUGACGAAAUUGGUUGUGAAAAUUUUUAUCCUGCCGGCUUUUUUAUAUGUCCGAAUAAAAAACUCCUGCCUAUCGAAUAUUUAUGUGAUGAUAAUCUCGAUUGUUCAGAUGACAGUGACGAGCGUCUUUGUGAAGACAAACCAAUUUGCCCACAACACUGCGAGUGUAAUCCCUUUUACGUUGUUGUUUGUUAUCAUUCUCUAUUGGUAGAUAAUUCAAAAGAUGUAUUUAUUGAAAACAUCAAUAGUCAAAAGUUUAAACGUUUACACUUUAGUAAUGUAAACAUUUACUAUCUCAAUCAAACGAGAAAUAUUCAUGUCAAUGCUAUGGAUUUCUUUAACACCAUAUGGAAACAAUAUUUUGAUAUUUCUUAUUUAUUUCCCAAUAUCGCGUUGCUUGUCCUUGAAAAGAGCCGAAUAAGCGAUUUAGGACAAAUCUUCAGACGGCAUAUGAAAAUGUUACAACAUCUAAAUCUUCGAGAUAAUCCAAUUCAAAAUGUUGAAAAAUUUUCAUUCGAAAUUUUCCCUCAACUUCGAUUUGUCGAUUUAAGCGAAACGAAAAUUGUAUCAAUUCAUCAAAAUCUUUUCAAGGGUUUAAAACAUUUGGAGAUUAUCUAUAUGAUGAAAUUAAAAAUUCGCUGGAUAAGUCCAAAGGCGUCUGUGGACUUAAUUGGACUUCAACAACUCCAUUGGAAUGAUUCAAUUAUUAAAGAAAAUCAAAUAAUUCAUGUUAUGAAGAAUCUAAAGAAUGUUGAAUAUGUGUACAGCAAUUACUACGUUACUUGUUGUUUUGUAUGGAAAUACUCGAAUUCUUUUCGUAAAUGUUUGCCUGACAAGUCAACAAUUAGUUCAUGUUCUAACCUUAUAGCCUCUAUUAACCUUCGCGUAGCAAUAUGGGUCAUUGGAGUCCUUUGUAUAACUCUUAAUAUGCUCUCUCUUCUAUUUAGACUGAUCAUCAACAAAAAGAAGAUAAACGCAUACUUUAUUUGUCUUUGCCUUUCGGAUGUUUGCUCUGGUAUUUAUUUGGUAAGUAUUGGAAUUGUUGAUCGAUAUUACAGUGGAAAUUUUAUGGAAUAUAACUACAAUUGGAUUUAUGGAAAUGUAUGCAAAUUAAUUGGAUCAGUAUUCAGUGGUUCCCUAAUUUUAUCUAGUACUUUAUUGCUCUCUAUAACACUUGAAAGAUAUCACGCUAUUUCGAACCCAAUAAAUCACCUUACUAAGACACAAAUUCGUCUGAGUAUUGGUAUUCCUUUUCUUCUUACUUUUAUAUUGAUGACAAUACCCAUUUCUAUCUAUCAAGUAAGUUUUACCGCUGAACAAGUAUUUGGAAACGACUAUUGAAAGAUGUGAAAAUUUUAGAAUUACUUUUCAAGAUCGGCAAUUUGCUUUUCGUUACACAUUAGCAGUGAAAAAGUGGAGGGAUGGUUCUUUUCCUUCCUCAUUUUUGGAAUAUUCACUUUAGCUGUUUGUUCAAUCAUAUUAAUCUUAUAUUUCAGACUAACAAUUAUUGUUAGAAACGUCAGAAAAGAUUUUCAGACAGGAAGAGACAAAAUACAAGAGAAAUUAAGGAUGAAUGCAAUCUUAAUUGCUCUAUCAAAUUGUUUAAGCUGGUUCCCCUUAUCAUUCCUAAGUGAAUAUACAGCAAUACUGUAAAAUCUAAACAAUCUAUCGUCUUUCUAAAGGUAUAUAUUCUACUUUCAAACAUGUGGAGAUAGACAGCGAAACGUAUAAUUGGCUGAUUGUUGCAUUUAUUCCUCUCAAUCCUACAUUGAAUCCAAUUAUCUAUACGAUUGGCGAAUUUCAAACAUUUCAAAAAUCGAAACGAAAGAAAAAACUAAACUUGAAACAGGAAAAUGUGAAGAGAAACGUGAAUACUGCAGUUGGGAAAAGUAGGUCUCUUACUCACAAC